AUGAAGGAAACCGAUGAUAUUCGCGUCGUACCCGACGAAGGCAACAGCCCGGGCCAGGUGCCUUCAAACAAGACACGCUCAAAAGCGGUCGAUUUCUUGGCCAGUCAUGCAGCAGAUGCGGUCAAUUAUACCUACGAGGAAGAAAAAGCUGUCCUGCGUCGUAUCGACAAACGAGUCCUUGUUAUCGUCCUAUGGGCAUACUUUUUCCAACAGUUAGACAAAAGCUCGCUGAGUUAUGUAUCGAUUUUUGGCAUUUCGGAUGAUGCUCACUUGGUUGGGCGCCAAUAUUCCUGGCUGGGAUCCAUCCUUUACCUUGCACAACUGGUGAUGCAACCUCUUGCGGCAUUGAUCCUCGUGAAGCUUCCAACUGGUCGAGUACUGGCCGCGGCUAUUUUCCUUUGGGGUUCUUCGCUUUCUAUCAUGACUGCUUGCACCAACUUCCCAUCGCUGUUGGGGAUGCGUUUCGUUCUAGGCUCAUUCGAAGCUUUCAUUGCUCCAUGCUGCAUCGCCAUCACGCAGAUGUGGUGGCGUCGAAGUGAGCAGACACUGCGUGUGAGUUAUUGGAAUGCGAUGAACGGCAUUACAUCUAUCAUUGGCAGCCUAAUGACCUACGGUCUUGGUCACAUUCACAGCGAUAAGAUAUACCGCUACCAGACUAUUUUUCUCUUCUGUGGACUCACGACAGUGCUCUUUUCUGUCCUGGUAUUUUGGCUGAUGCCCGAUUCUCCCGUGGAAGCCAAGUUCCUGAGUGAGCGGGAGAAACUUAUCGCUGUGGAGCGACUCAGGGCCAACCAGAUGGGCAUUUCCACUCGCCAGUGGCGUUGGGACCAUGUUCUGGAGACUAUCGUGGAUUUGAAGACAUGGUGCUGGUUUUUCGCAAUUAUUGCUAUAUCCAUCUCUAGCGGCGGAAUUGGAACAUUCGGUUCACUCAUUGUCAAGUCGUUCGGGUUCAACAGCUUUCAGACUAUUCUUUUCAACAUCCCUUUCGGCGUCAUUCAGGUUAUCUCAAUUUUAGGUGCUGGGUGGGUGGCUACAAAGACUCAACGAAAAGGCCUCGUAAUUGCUGGGCUUAGCGUGCUACCAACAGUGGGGACAAUCAUGAUGCUCACUGUUCCACGCAACCAAAGGGGAGUUCUCCUCUUUGGAUAUUACCUCGUUUCUAGCUUGGCAGGCAUAACCCCUAUGCUAUAUGCAUGGCAAGCCCAGAAUACCGCAGGCGAGACAAAAAAGAAAUGCACAUCUGGCAUUGUUUUCAUUGGCAUGUGCGCGGGAAAUGUCAUUGGGCCACUGCUAUACUCUACCGACGAGGCCCCUCUGUACCGGACCGGCCUUAUAGCCGAUCUUGCCAUGUUUGUGACGGUCGGCGUCAUCAGCGGUCUAACUCCGUUUUAUCUCGCAUACCUCAACAGAAAGCAUGAGAAAGCCCGCGCACAGCUCGGAAAGUCAGAGCAUCUGGUGGACAGUUCCAUGGUCGGCAAGGAAAAACUGCAAGAAAGCAAAGCAUUGGAAGUGGAAGAUGCUCGGGACCAGAGGACCUCGGUAGAGAACGACAAGGGAUUGAUGGAUGUCACUGACCUGAAGAACGAAGACUUCAUCUUUGUUUACUAA